AUGGUUUUUGGAUGUAUUCCAACACAGCAACUGGAAUUUGUUGGUGAGAUUUUGGUUGGAAAAUUUCUGGGAACAUUUUUUCCCAUAUUUCAUUCAGAAACCACUUCGACCUCAAUAUCUUCUACAACAAGCACUACAACAUCUACGACCACCUCCACUACUACAACAACAACAACACCAAUAAUCUACGAAUGUCCGGAUUCCACGUGGACAAUGUUAGAUCGUACCACCUAUUUCUGGUGUAUUUUUGUUCUCUUAGAAGCUCGUCAAGCCAACACAUUUCAAACCGAAUGUCAAAAUAUCAAUGCGAACGCAAAAGUUAGCGGAAUUCAAAAUCUAGCCGAAAUCUCAACAAUUACCUCGCUAGCUAUGGCAAAAGGCGCCGAUUCUAGCACACGUCUUACAAUUGGUGCAAAAAGAAGUGCAAAUUGUUGGCUGGUGGCGAUCACGGCGAGUUGUACCAAAUUGACGAGUUUUGAGUGGACUGAUGAUGCUACAACUGGAACUGAUGGUUGGAAUUGGGCUUCCGGGCAGCCGGAUAAUUAUAAUGCACCCGAGGAUUUUGUGGUGCUUUGGGUGACUUCUGCUGUGAUGGAGGAUGGUUGGAGUAGUUCGACGUCAUUGGGAACUGUUUGUGGAGUUAAGGCAACGGUGGCCAAUUGA